UCGCGCGAGCGCACGCUGUUCCAGAACAAUCAAACCAUAGUUAUUCAGGAGCUAACGAGCAAAAUUCCCGCGGGAGACGUCCCGCGGCAGAAAUCCGUCAUACUGACACGCGACUUAGUGGACACGGUGCGCGCCGGCGACGAGGUGAUAGUCAGCGGCAUUUUCGCCGUUGAAGAAGAUCUCAUCGUGAGCACAAAAUCUAGUUUUCCGCUUUUCUCGCAGUACAUCGAAGCGAACUCAGUUCAAAAGCGCAUCGAACGCAAGCUACACGACUUAACGAACAAGGACGUCGCCAUCAUUCGCAAGCUGGCGAAGCAUCCUAGAAUUCGGUCGAAGAUUUUGCGCAGCAUCGCUCCUUCAAUCUGGGGCAACCAGCACGUCAAAAACGGCAUUGCGCUGGUAAUGUUUGGCGGCAACCGGCAGGCAGGGUCGGCCAGUCACUUUAUCCGCGGAGACAUAAACAUGCUGAUUCUCGGAGACCCGGGCAUGGGCAAGUCGCAGUUCUUAAAGUACGUGACGCACGUGUUCCCGCGCUCGAUCCUCACGAACGGAAAGGGUGCGAGCGCGGUAGGGUUGACUGCUUCGGUGCGACGCGACACUAUUUCUGGCGAGUGGACGCUAGAGGGUGGCGCUUUCGUGCUGGCGGACAACGGAAUCUGCCUCCUUGACGAGUUCGACAAAAUGAACGAGCAGGAUCGUGUUAGCAUCCACGAGGCGAUGGAACAGCAGUCUAUUUCGAUUAGCAAAGCAGGCAUUGUCGCGUCAUUGCGCGCGCGCUGCUCUGUGAUCGCCGCAGCCAACCCGAUUGGCGGGAUAUACAACCAGAACUUACCGCUGAAGGAAAAUGUGGACUUGAGCGACCCCAUCUUGUCGCGUUUCGACAUCAUCGCGGUCGUGCUCGACAGGAGCUUUGUGCUGCAAGACUAUAAGUUAGCUAGCCACGUGCUCGAAUCACACCUACGUGCUACGGCCGUGUCCUCGCCCGCGGAAGAGAAUGACCGCGAAGGGCUGAAUACUAUGCCCGAAUGGGUGACGAACGACGACCCGAUACCGGACGAGUUUUUAACUAAAUACGUUCUGUUCGCGCGCGAGAACUGCCACCCCAAGCUUCAGGCUUCCGACGAAGCACGACUUGCCAAGUUUUACUCGAAGCUGCGCCAAGCUACCGCCUACACGGGCGGCAUGUCGCUGACGGUGCGGCAUUUGGAGAGCAUCAUUCGCAUCAGCAUCGCAAAUGCGAAGAUGCGCUUGAGUGGCGUGGUGUCUAAGACCGAUUUGGACUACGCAAUCAGCACAGUGCUCGAGUCAUUUAUACAGUCGCAAAAACUUUCUAUCCUGCAAGCGCAGCCUCAAGCUUUUGCUGCAUAA